AUGAAUUCAGAUAUAUUCGAAGAUAUUGAACAGGAUAAUAAUCCUUCCUUUUACGGGAAUCAAUCAUUUCUUUCUGACGGUAAAAAUAAAUCAAAUGGUAAUGCUAAAGAUAAUUCUUUUAAUAAUUCUAUAAUUAAUGAUGAAUAUGAUGAUCAAAUUAGUUCCAAAAAUUACCGUAAUAUGGAUUUAGUUAAUAACUCCCUUGGGUUAUCAAAUAAAAUAAGAAAUUUUUUACAUGAUGAUAAUUUAUCAAUUGACGUUAUAUCAAGUGAACGAUUAAUGAAUUCUUCAAUUAUAGUUUAUUCAAUUGAAAUUUCAAUUGAUUCUUCAAAUUCAAUCAUCGUUAAACGUCGAUAUAGUGAAUUUAAAUCUUUCAGAGAUAAUUUAUUGAAAUUAUUCCCAACUUUAAUAAUACCCCCAAUACCUGAAAAACAUACAAUUUUUAAUUAUUUAAUUAAUUCAAUUAAUAAUUCCAAAGAAUCAACUAUUAUUGAAACUAGAAAAAGAAAUUUCAAGGUUUUUUUAAUUGAUUUAAUCUUUAAUUCAAAUCCAAUUUUAAAAGAUUGCCCUCUUCUACAUAAAUUUUUGGAUCCAAAUUAUGAAUUAUGUUGGAAUAAUGCUAUUAAUGAACCUCCUUUAAGCUUAUUACCAAAUAAUCUAUUAUUGGCUAAUCCAGUAAACCCAACCGAUCAAAAUGGUUUAUAUUCUUUAUUACCAAUUGUUAAUGGAUUUGAAUUCAAUUCCCAAAUUGAUAAUCUUCAUUCGUUGAAAAAAAUUAAUGAUGAUUUACAUAAACUAAAUGAUCAAAUUAAUUUAUUCAAAAUUAAAGAAGAAGAUGACAAUUUAAAAAUUUUAAAUAAUUCUUCAAUUUCAAAUACAAAUAAUGAAUUUAUUAGCUUUAAAGAUAUCCCAAUUGAAUUAAUUUCUUAUGAGAUUAUUUUCCAUCAAAACAUUAAAAUUUUAAAUGAAUUAAAUAAAUUAAAUAAUAAAUCAAUUAAAAAUUAUAAAUCAGUCAUUAAUAAUUUAAUUGAAUUGGGUGGUAAUUUAAAUAAUUUUUCAUUACAGAUUCAUGAAUUAUCAGAUUUAAAUAAUCAUUCAAACUUUAAUAAUCAAUUAAGUUCAUUGAUUGAAAAAUUUGGCUCAACAAUUGAUUUGAAUUUCUUAAAUUUUGAAAGUUUUGUUAUUUCAAAUUUAAUACCAAAUUGGCAAGAACCAAUUAAUCAAUUAAUCCAAUAUUAUUCAACUGCAUUACAAUUAAUUAAAUUUUAUAAAUUUAAAUUAAUUCAAUUUAAAUUAUUAUUCAAAUUGAAAUUUAAUAAAAUUCAAGACUUAAUGACUUUCAAUAAUAAUUAUCAAAAUCAUAUUAAAUUAAAUGACUUAAAAAAUUUAAAUAUAAAUAGUCCAAGUAUUAAUGAUGCUAUCAAAAGAAUUGAAUUAAAACAGAAGAAGUUAUCUACAAAUAGUCGUUCUCUAAACUCUAAAAAAUCUUGGUAUGGUUUGUUUGGUGGUAAUAAAUCUUCUUUCAUCUUACCUGAUGAUGAUACUUUCCAACAAUAUAAUUCUCAUCAAAAUAAUCAACUACAAUCUAAGGAUACUUAUAAUAAUUAUACUUCUCCAACUUCGUCUCCACAAAAACCAAUUCCAAAACCAGAUCCUUUAGCUGAUCUCCCUCCCAAUGAUCUUUCAAAUCAAUUCCUGUAUAAGAUUCACCAAAUUGAAAAAGAAUUAACGAAAUUAGAUCAAUUAAUCAAUUUGGUCAAUAAAGAUAUGAUCGACUUGACUGAUCAUUUGAAAUCUACAUUCUCGUCCUUUUCUACAAGCAUGGAAAAGAAAUGGCUAACUAUAAUGUUGGAAUUCAUCAGAUCUGGUAAAGAUUUAUUUAGUGAAAACUUGGCUAAUUGGAAUGACUUGAAAGCAUUUAUUGAUAAUUAA